AUGGGUUGCUGCCUGGCCACACAGUUAGCUCUGGUUCGUGAGAGUGUUCUCAUCAUCUCAACAGAUCCAGCACACAACAUAUCAGAUGCUUUCAGCCAGAAGUUUUCUAAAGUACCUUCACUUGUUAAAGGUUUCACCAAUUUGUAUGCCAUGGAAAUAGAUCCAAAUCUUGGAUUGGCAGAAUUACCAGAUGAGUAUUUUGAACAAGAUGUGAUGAGUAUGGGGAAGUCUGUGGUUUCUGAGCUCCUCAGUGCUUUUCCAGGAAUUGAUGAAGCCAUGAGUUUUGCUGAAGUCAUGAAACUAGUCAAAGGUAUGAACUUCUCCUGUGUGGUUUUUGACACUGCCCCCACAGGUCACACCCUCAGGUUAUUGUCCUUUCCCUCCAUCAUAGAAAAAGGACUGGGAAAAAUCUUACGACUGAAAAACAAAAUCGGACCAUUUAUUUCCCAGAUGGCGGGAGUUAUGGGAAUGCAGGAUGUGAAUGCUGACAUGAUGUCUACCAAACUGGAUGAUAUGAUGAACACAAUUAAACAAGUUAAUGAACAGUUUAAAAAUGCGGACCAAACCACCUUUGUGUGUGUAUGUAUAGCGGAGUUUUUGUCCUUGUAUGAGACGGAGCGCCUUGUUCAGGAGCUGACACAGUAUGGCAUUGACACGCAUAACAUCGUCGUCAAUCAACUCCUGUUUCUAAAACAAGGGGAGGAACCAUGUAAAUUAUGUAAAGCCAGGCACAGAAUUCAAGCCAAGUAUUUGGACCAGAUUGCAGAUUUAUAUGAAGAUUUUAAUGUCACAAAGCUCCCACUUCAGGAGGAGGAAGUCCGAGGGGUGGACAAGAUAAAGGACUUCUCUAAAUACCUGUUAGAACCCUACAAACACUGUUAAUUGUUAUUUAUAUCAAUAAACUGAUCGUUGUUGUACCUCAUUCUAUUUAUACUGUAUAUUAAUGAUUGCUUAUAGUUGUAGAAAAAUGAGAGAAUAUACUUAAUGAUUUACUGACCAAUACACAUGCAUAUGUAGUAA